AUACAUUAGGUGAUGUUUUGAUGAAUUUACUCAUUUCAUUACAUUAAUUGAGAAAGAAGUGUGUUAUAUUUUAAGAUAUGUCUUCAAUUGUAUUGUGAAAUAUGUACUCUGGUGAAGACUAAAAAUAUUUGUCGACACACGUGCCUAAAUUGAAGAGGGAUAUCUUGUCGAAACCUGUCUGGACGUGUUUCAACUAGCUGCCAUUAAGAAAUGUUCAUUAUGAACGUCUGAAUAAUCCUUUUCUAUAGCCUUUGUGAAGAUAUUAUGCUGUAGGAUUUUUAUAUUGCUGAUAAUCGAGACCUCCUUCGAUUGAAUCGAUUGGCAAAUUUAUCUGAUAUAAUAAUACAAUGAUAUUGUAUAACAUAAAAGUGUUAAUAACAUUUCUGUAGAGGAGAAAUGGAAAUGAAAUACUUUUGAGGGCAAUAAGAUGCCUGUCAAUCCAUUCAAUAAUGGGACAGCAUUUCGCUAGUCUCAGGGAAUUUUUUAAAAUGGAUGGUGAAAGGCAGUCUUCCGAAACAUGUGCUAAUGUUGCCCAGCCAACGCAAUUAGAAAUGAUGAAUCAAGAUGAUAUAGAAAAUUUAUUGAAUUUAAGUUUGAUUCUUCAUGAAGAAUGCAAGACAGAUGGGAGUUUGGAUAAUGAUAAUUUAAAUUUAGACCUAGAUAAUCAUAAUUCUAAAUUUGAAACUUUAUACAGUCAACCAAUCGAGACACAGGAUUCGAAAAAGAUUUAUGAUAAUGGAAAUGUUAAUAAGGAAAUAUGUUUUAAUCAACAGGAAGCGUGUUGUAGUAGUUCUGGGGGUAGUAAUACUAGUAGUAGUUCUGAAGAUAGUCCUAUAAAUCCUCCUUUAAGAAGAUGUUCUAAAACAUUAUCAUUUGGAAAACGAAAAGGUAAACAGCGUAAUAAGGAUCAAAGUCCAGCGUGUACUCAUAUUUUAUCUUCAAAAAAGAAGCGAAGUAGCUGGGUAUUAAAAUUUAACUGUGCUAAGAAUAAAAAUUCUAAAAGUACAGAUAUUAUUCCUGGUCAAGGAAAUAAUAGUUUAGAUUGUGUUUGCACUGGUUAUAGAAGAACCGAAGAACACCCUAUGGGAGCUGGUGUUAUAUUUAAUAGUCGGUCUGCUCCUCAAAGUCCAGUACUACGACCGCUUCCUCCCAGUCCUGUGAUCGACCUUUCAAGAUUCAAUCCAGAAGAAUUUCCAAUGGAAGAUUGUGACAAAAGAGCACGACUACAACGUGCACGAGAAAUGGAGGAGGGAGUCGAACCUCCUCCGGGUUAUAAACCUAAUUAUCCUUCGACAAUUCAAGUACAUCCAAAUGGAAUAACAGUAGACAGUUUGGCAGCUUUGUUCCAAGCGCAUGCCGGUAUACAAGCUGCUGCUUUGACAGCGUUAUCACAAAUCGACUUUACGUUAAUUCCAAAUAUUGAGAGGCCAGCGCAUACGCAGGUUGAUUAUGUUCACUGUCUUGUGCCAGAUCUUAGAUCAAUUACGGCUUGUUCUUUUUAUUGGGGUAAAAUGGAUCGAUACGAAGCUGAACGUUUAUUAGAGGGCAAGCAAGAAGGUACAUUCUUGUUACGUGACUCGGCCCAGGAAGAAUUUAUUUUUUCCGUUAGUUUUCGAAAAUACGGACGAUCUCUGCAUGCCCGAAUCGAACAAUGGAAUCAUAAAUUUAGUUUUGAUUCGCACGAUCCGGGAGUUUAUGCUUCAGAAACGGUGUGCGGUUUAAUCGAGCAUUAUAAGCAUCCAUCGUGUUCUAUGUUCUUUGAACCUAUGCUUACAAUACCAUUUCAUCGAAAUUUUGCUUUUCCUUUACAACACUUAUGUCGAGCAGUAAUUACUACACGGACGACAUAUGAUGGUAUAAAUAAGUUACAAUUGCCAAAGACGCUUAAGAGUUAUCUCAAGGAGUAUCACUACAAGCAAAGAGUACGAGUUAGGCGAUUAGAUACUGAGAAUGAUUUACAAUCAGAUGGAAGAUCCAUAUCAUAUUUACCUUUAAUAUAAAUCUCUGUAUUCAUAUUUAAUAGAGUUUGUCAGGCAUUA